AGCUGCCGGUGCUCUGGGAAGCCAGAGAGCUUCAGCAGAUUCCCACCUCCCCUGCGAGCAGCGCUGCCGAAUAGCCGAGUGGCAUUCCAGGGAUAACAGAAUCUCGGGGAGCCGGAGGGAGCUCGGGAGAAGCCGCAGCGGCGCGGAGCGCCUCCGUCCCAUCCCAUGACAUCCCAUCCCACCCCAUCCCACCCCCUCCUCCCCCGGAGCAUCUCCCUGGAGCUGGGAAGGACUCGGGGCUGAGCUCCCAACCUGAGCAUGGCUCGGAGAAGCCUCGCAGAGUCGCAGCCUCCCGCAGCCCCCGGAGCUGCCCCAUAUCCCCGGAGCCUCCCGCUGUCCCCAUCCCGAAUCGCCGCUGCCCACGGAGCCGCUCCAGGGCGCUCGCACCUGGAAGGAUCCCAGCUUGGAUUCCCUGGCUGUUAACAGAGCCCUGCAGACCUGCCCAGCUCCACGGAGGGAAUUCUUCACGGCAGUGUGAAUACUUUGGAAGAGGGCAGUGGAAGGCGGCAAUUUGCACCCCUCCUUCUCUGCUUGAGAGAAAGGAGUUGCCCAACCUGGUCAUGAGACUUUUCCAUACUUCCCAAAGAGGCUCCUGAAGUUCUGACACUGAAUCACGGAGAGCCUGGGGCAGCACAGUCCCCAGCCCCCUCCCCCAACCGAGAGUAGACACGCAGGCACAGGAGAUGGAGAAUGAGGUCGGCAAAUCUGUGGACAAUCAAAUGGACAAAUACAUAGUUACAAUAAUGGGGAAAUCAGAAAGCCAAAUGGAUAUUGUGGAAAAAUCUACCAAAUCCGGGAAGAAGCCCUGGAGCUUUGUGGCCAUCGGGCUGGCUGUCCUGCUGCUCCUCAUGACUUGUGCGGCUGUUGCCCUGGUGAUCCUCUAUGCCAGCAGCAGAGGCUCCUACUAUGGCACCAACUCGGGCAACAUCUGUACCACCCCUGGGUGUGUGACAGCAGCUGCCAGAAUAAUCCAGAACAUGGAUCCCACAGCUGACCCAUGCAAGGAUUUCUACCAGUAUGCCUGCGGGGGUUGGCUGAACCGGCAUGUGAUCCCAGAGACCAGCUCCAGAUACAGCAUCUUUGAUAUCCUGAGAGACGAGCUGGAGAUCAUCCUGAAAGGUGUGCUGGAGACUUCAGAUCAAGGGGACAGAGAAGCAUUUCAGAAAGCUAAAAUCCUUUACAAGUCCUGCAUGAAUGAGAGUCUUAUAGAGCAACGAGAUUCCCUGCCUCUGCUGGAGGCCUUGAGGAUAGUUGGAGAUUGGCCAGUGGCUUCUGCAGACUGGAGUAAGACCAAAGAGCCAAGCUGGAGCAUGGAGGAAAACCUUUCCAUAAUGAACUCCAGGUUUAACAAACGUGUCCUCAUUGACAUGUUCGUGUGGAAUGACGACCGGGAUUCCAGCAGACACAUAAUUUAUAUUGACCAGCCAAGCUUGGGAAUGCCAUCCAGGGACUACUACUUUAAUGGGGACAACUAUCAAAGAGGAUCCCCAACACAGAGAAGGCCUGCACUAAGUGUUUUUGUGCAUCUGUGGUCUUCUACCCUGUGUGGGCAGAAGCAUAGACUGCUCCGGAGAAAGCAUCCACUGAAACGUGAACAUACCUCAGCCUGCCGAAUUGUGGGACGUGAGUCACGUCCAUUCUGCCACACCUCACAGCUGUUGAGGCCUCUUGGAUUUACACCAGCACUUAAGGUGAGAGAAGCUUAUCUGCAGUUCAUGAUCACCAUCGCCAAAAUGAUAAGGGAAGACAAGAACAUGUCCAAAGAUGACUCCUUUGUCCAAGAGGAAAUGGCAAAGGUCAUGGAGUUUGAAACAGAGAUUGCAAAUGCCACGACCCCAGCAGAGGAAAGGCACGAUGUAACCUUGUUGUACAACAAAAUGACCUUAGCAGAGCUACAGGAAGAGUUUUCAUUCAAUGAAUUUAAUUGGACCUUCUUCAUCCAACAUGUCAUGUCUUCAGUAAGUGUUCAGGUGGAUCCAGAGGAAGAGGUGGUUGUGUAUGGGAUGCCUUACCUACAAGAGCUGAAAGCAAUUAUCUCCAAGUACUCAGCCAGCACCAUCCAGAACUACCUCAUCUGGCGGCUGGUGAUCGACAGGAUCAGCAGCUUGAGCCGGCGCUUCAAGGAUGCUCGGGCCAGCUACAGGAAGGCCCUGUAUGGGACGACCCUGGAGGAGGCGCGCUGGAGGGAGUGCGUGAGCUAUGUCAACAACAACAUGGAGAACGCGGUGGGAGCGAUGUAUGUCCGGGAGACUUUUGCUGGUGAGAGCAAGAGGAUGGUCCGAGAUUUAAUAGAGAAGAUCCGUGAAGUGUUUGUAGAGACUUUGGAUGAGCUACAGUGGAUGGAUAAGGCAUCCAAGGAAAAAGCUCGUGAGAAGGCAAUGGCAAUCAAAGAACAAAUUGGCUACCCAGAUUAUAUUUUGGAAGAUCAGAAUGAGAAAUUGGACCUGGAAUAUGCCAAUUUAAACUUCAGUGAACACAACUACUUUGAAAACAUCCUGGAAAACCUGCGAGCUGGAGCCCAAAAGAGCCUGAAAAAGCUUCGAGAGAGAGUUGACCAAGAUAUAUGGAUAAUUGGAGCUGCAGUGGUCAAUGCAUUCUAUUCCCCCAACAGGAACCAGAUAGUUUUUCCUGCUGGGAUUCUCCAGCCCCCCUUCUUCAGCAAACACCAGCCCCAGGCCCUGAACUUUGGAGGGAUUGGGAUGGUUAUUGGGCAUGAGAUCACUCAUGGGUUCGAUGACAACGGUAGGAAUUUUGACAAAGAUGGGAACAUGCUGGACUGGUGGAGCAACUUCUCAGCACUGCAUUUCAAGGAGCAGUCCCUGUGCAUGGUGCACCAGUAUGGAAACUACACCUGGGAGCUGGCUGGGGGACAGAAUGUCAGUGGCAUAAGCACCUUAGGAGAAAAUAUUGCAGAUAACGGAGGAGUCCGACAGGCUUAUAAGGCCUACUUGAAGUGGCUGGAACAGGAAGGGAAGGAGCCAAAGCUGCCUGGACUGAACCUGUCCCACAAACAGCUUUUCUUCCUCAACUUCGCCCAGGUUUGGUGUGGUUCCUACAGACCAGAAUAUGCCAGUCAGUCCAUAAAGACAGACGUUCACAGCCCUCUGAAAUACAGGGUGAUGGGCUCGUUGCAGAACUUUGAAGCCUUCUCCGAGGUGUUCCACUGUAAGAAGGGCAUGGCUAUGCAUCCUGCAGGGAAGUGCCGGGUGUGGUAAUCAGGGAUGGGACACUCUGGUGACACCACAAACAGCUCAUGGCAGGAAUGUACUCGGUGUUCUGCUGCUCAGCCACUGCCAGGGCAGCUGCUGCAGUGAGAGCCAAGGAAGCACUCAGCUCUCCCAGUGCCACUGGGAAGCACACAGGGAUCACAGGGAUCAUGGGAAUGGAUCCCGGGAUUGGCAGUCUGUGCUAGAGGCCACGCUGUGUUCCUGGGCACAAGGACUGUUUCCAAUGACAUUCUGACUGUUACUAAGACACUGCAUCAGGGUUACAAGGACUAACUCUUACACGAAAACAAAACCAACAAGCAGCCACAUAUCUAUCUUUCAGAAAGGAGUAAUAAUUAUAAAAUGUCAGCUCUACUUCCUUAGGCUCAGCAAUGCUAAGAUGUUCCACUGCUCCAUUGCCAGUGUUCUGAUCCUGUUUCUGGUGCAUUCUUCCCCAGAUCAGGUUAGAGCUGGUGUAAACUCUCAUGCUGUCUGUGCCUCUGCACUUCGAUCACUGCUUUGUUGUCAUGGAUUGCUAUUUGUCGUGACAUGUCACACAGUGAGCUCUAUGUCAAGAUGCCUGUCACAAUCUUCUCCUGCACUUGAGUUCCUCUAGUUCAAAGAACCCUCUUCAAGUGAGGCAUCACUACAAUUAUCACAUUUUAGGAGUAACAAAUUCUGUCUUUAUGGUUAAAUUACAGGAUCCUACCCUUCAGAGAUACAUUUAAAAUUAUGCUUCUUCUUGUAGAAAGUGUAUAAGGUUUUUGCCAAAUUGCAGACAUGCAUCCAUGGAAACAAUUAAGCUGGUUUUAACCCUGUGCUUUUUCAUUUUUGCCAUAGGCUAUUUUUCAGUAUUUACACUUGAAAAUGUAACAUGUAUUAAUUUUUAAUAAAAUUUAAAAGAAAGAAAUAAUGGUGGCAAAUUCAGCAAGGAUUUCCCUGUGGAGAGGUAUGGCGGGCUUUCCUUAUUAAGCAUCCUACUAUAAUGAGAAUAUUUUAAAUUUCCAGCAUUAAAUAGUGAGUCUUCAAUAUUAUUCCAGCAAUUUAUUUUUUUUUUUUCUAGCACAGGAAUCAUUUGACAGCAAGGCAGUAACUGACUGCGUGACUCUGCAAAAUCACUGAGCCCUGGAGAUGGGCCAUUAAAGGUUCUGGCACAUUCAGCUGUUAAAGGGACAAUUAAAAUGUACCUGGAGGGUUAAUGCCAAAUAACCAUCACAGCACAUGGAAGUUAUUCUAUUUUUUUCGUGUAAGUUCAUCCCAUCUCCCACCUGCGGGACACUUCCCAGCUUCCAGUUUGUGUCAGCGCGAAGUGCAUAAGUUCCAACCUCCCCUUACAGCCCCCGAUCACAGUGCUGUGCCCACACACAAACUGGAGAUAAGAGACAGGCUCCAAAUCCCCAGGAAAUGGCCCUGAAUUCCUACUGACCACUGUCUUACCUUUCCACAAUCAUAAAAUGCUUCAUGCCUAUGGGAAGUUCUGUACCAGAAGUGUUUUGCUGCACUUUAGAUUCCGAGACACUGAAGCCUCAGAGAAGCUUUACUAUGUACUUAGGAAAAGAAGGAAGAUCCUGAUGUUUCUCAGACAGAAUCCGAAGCCUUUCCUUCUCCUACGCUGCCACCUGGUGACAAAUCCCACUCCAGCUCCUAAAAGACCAAAACUCACAUCCAACAGGAGCAACUUUCAGACUCCAUCAAACCACAGCUGGUGCAGACAUCAAACCCCGCAAAAAAAAAUCAUUUUUUAGUUGGUAGAUUGCUGAUCCUGGUUGAUGUUGCACCUCUCUCUCUGACUGUGCAAAGCUACCAGCUCACUUUCAGCAGCUUCCACCAGGAAGUGAGCUCACUGGAAGUCAUAAUUAUGGGGCUGAAAGACAGGUAUUUCUUUACAUAAACAUCUUUGGAGAAACUGCUGCCUACAAAUUAAUAAAUCUCUCCUCUUAAUUACAACACUUACUGAACAACAGUAAUAUUUAACUCCUUUCCCUCCUUAAGAGCUGCUUUCACCUCUGUUUAUUUAAAAGUUCACCCCAGUAAAACACUAACACUGAGUAUCUCAAGAUCCAGUUGCCUUCAACAACAAGUCCUUAGCAGAUUAAAAGAAGUCCGAAACAGAAUUUACCAGAAAACUGUUGCAGCACAGAGAUUGCUGAAGGUGCCUUGUCACCAUUCUCUGAAUUUUCUCCAUUUGGGUGUUUGGUUUUAUCUUGAAAGUUUUUCACUCAACAAUUAUAGCGACCCCACUUGAGAAUUGUGGAGGGAUGAACACUGGUUGACAUUUAGCAGCUUCCACAGUUGGGGGUGUUGGAAAACAUCCAACCCCCCAAUGAAAAAUUAACCAGCUACCAAGAAAAAAAAAUUGGCAAAACAAAAUUGUAUUUUCCCAUUUUCUGUCUUUACUGCUCACUGUGACACAGUCAGGAAGCCAGACCAGCCACAAAAGCAGCAAGCACAAAACCAGCAGUGAAUUUGCUGGGUGGUCAUGGUAUUUUCAGAAAGAAAUGUCAGAAAAUGCUUUACUGACUUGACACUUAUUUGAUGACCAAAAGUAAACCCAGUUGUCAGCAGACAGGCAAUCAACCUCUUUUUAGGUUCAGAUCCUUCCCAAACUUUGGAAUUGUGGCACUCCUUUUUGUACAAAAAGAUCUGGUGGUGGCAGAAACUGGAGGCAGUUCACCCUUCCAAGAUUACUGCAAUGCACAGGUUUUCAGAAAAUGAGAAUGGGACUCAAAUAUUUUCAAGUAUUUGCGCUUGAAAACCAAAUCCCACCCUAAAAAUCACAAUGUUUUCAUUCUUCGGACUCUAACAGAAAGUGUUUCUUUAUGGACAGAUCUGCCUGUGUGCAGCAGAGAUUUUUAAAGUUAUUUUAAAGCAUUCCCUAAACCCUUCCACUUCGCAUUGUCUGUAUCUUUGGACCCAUCAGAGCUGUGAUUUUGCACAGCCAUUCUUAUAAACCACAGAGUUUCUGAAACAUCACCUUACUCUCCAAAAACACCCAGAACUAAUUCUGCUAAAAAAACUAACACAGUUUUUAAAAAAAAAAUAAAAAAAAAAAAAAAAUAAGAACUUGUCUAUCAUAUUUUCCCUAAGGAAAAAGCCAACAUUUCCCAUUUUUUCCAUUCCUCAUGGUCAUAUGGAUGUCACCUCCCAGAUGUCCCAGCACACCCAUCCAGGACCUUCUCUGGAUUCACAUCUUAUUUCAUAGAAAAUUCUGAUAACUAAAGCAUUUCAACCCUCACCAAAUCCUUCCUUAAAAAACAUUCACAGGGAUGCUCUUCUGUGGACAGGAUUUCUGAGCCUGAGAGAGUUUCAGCCUGUCAGGGGCUCAUCUGUUCCCAGGGAAUAGUUCCUGGGAACAGUUUCUGUCCAGAAUUGUGUUAUGGUAAAGAGAUACUAUUUCCCAAAACAAUAUUGAGCAGAUGUCCUUGGUGUGUUUUCUCUGGUCCCACCAAUGGGUGUUGUUCUUUCCACCAAUCAGGGUAACCUGGUUGGAAAAGCUACAUAAUGUUAGAAAACCUCGCAAUAAAAAGGCUUUUGCCUGAUGAAAGCGCCUGCGCUGUGGAUGAUUUCUAGAGACCCUUGCUCAAUACUUCGUGUCCUCUAGCGACAUCUGGUGGCCCAACGUGAGUUCAGCAUAGGCACCACGACUGCAGAAGGUCGUAGUCUUCCAUCCCUUCUCCCACCCACCUGCCCGGGAAAACCGAGUUUUUUUCAGUUGAGACUGUGGGGUUUUUGCCUGCCGUUUUUCUUUUUGCAGGAGACGUUUUCCCAGUGAGUUGACAGCAUGAUAAUCACGGUGUUAGCUUGUGAGGAAGAACUUGUGUUAGAGCUUUGGUUUGAUAUCCUGCACAGGCAUGAUUUGGACAUUCCUGAAGCAGAUAUUAAUACUUUGUAUUUAUGAGGGAAGAAACAUGGAUUUUUUCCAACUGCUGUGGAUGCACUGCUGAAGGACCACUGGUGAAGUGUAGGUGAUGCAUUGUAUCAGCUGGUGCUGUCUAGCGGUGGGGAAGAGGCAAAACUCCUCCUCCUGUGGAAAAAAUGAAUGUGAUAGAAACCACGAGCUCCAAAGCGUCUUCUCAAGACGCCUCAGACACAGGCUCUGACAGGGGAGACUGGUCUGAUCCGGAAGACAUUCUCCUGGACCGUGACACACGGGAAACCACAGUGGAGAUGGUCCAGGGCUGUUAAGAAGUGUAAUAAAUGGAAUUGAUUCAUGCUAACUAAAUUGUAACUAUUUGGAAAGUUAUUUUUAGAAGCAAUCAAAAGAAUCAGUGUUACAAGGCAGAUGUAGGCCUUUACAGAUGUUACAUGUUAAAAUUGAGGUACAGGAUCUAGUUUGGAAGAUAAGCGAUGUCUCAAGAUGAAAAAGGCCUUGAGAUGGACAAAAUUAGAAUGGCUUUAGGCAUGAGGCCUAAAAAACAGUAAAUAUAAGACUAAUUAGUAGGUUUACAUAACACAACACUCAGUACGCACAUGCAAACCUGUAAGGUUAUCCGAAAGACAAUAAGGAAGAGGAGAAGACCCCCCCCCCCCAAAGAAGACUGAAGACCCCCUAACAACAAGUGAGGCAUGCACCGUGAAGAAUAGUGAUGUAAAAGUCAGAAAAAUCAGAAAUAGGAGGAAACUUACAGGAAACAUUACUGAAUAUGUAUAAGAAUACAGUAUGUAAGUUAACUUUAAGUGUUUUGUUUUGAUCAUGAGGCAGGGUGGGAAGCCUCCAUACCCCGCUCAGUUUUGUACAUGAGGUGGGGUGAUAACCCCUCCCGUACCCUGGUCGGUUUUGCUUAUGCUUUAAUCAUACUUAAUUACUGGCAAAUUAUAUAUAUAAAUUGUA